AUGACCCUGGCCUUCCUAUUGGUUAUCCCUGAAGGCGUCUUUAUCGUCGCCAGACCUUCACGGCGGCGCAAGGAGGCGAUGCGGCUGCAUCUGGGCCUUCAACUCACGGGGCUUGUCCUAGCGCUCGCUGGAACCCUCGCCAUGUUCACCCACCGCCACGCGCGCCUCAAGGCGCACUUCAGCACGCCGCACGCGUGGCUGGGCGUGUCGGCUGUGAUCCUGGCGGAACUGGGGGGGCUGCUAGGAGUUCUGUUGUAUUUCAACACUCUGCACAUAUCAAGAGCGCUCAUUGGCCGCCUGCACUUCCUGCACCGCAUGGUUGGGAGGCUGGUGAUAAUCUGUGGAUUCAUCGCCAUCAUCCUCUCUCUCAAAAUCUUCGACGCACAAAACCCUCGCAAUAAGGGUUGGAAGACCUAUGUGAUGGCGUGUGCAGUGGUGGCACAGCUAGUGGGCAUGUCCUCUCUCCUCUACCCCUCCUCUCCCAUAGCAGCAGCAGUCAGCGGCAGUAGCAGCGGCGGCGCCGCUGGUAGCAGUGUGGGCCUUGUUCCUAAGCAGUCCCCGAAGCAGUCGCGGCCACAGAGAUCAGGUUCGGGUGUGGGUAGCAUUGGUGGCGGGGUUGGGAGAGGGGAGGUCACCCCGCCGUCCCUUCCGAGCCUCUCAUCAGCCCCUCGAGUUCAUCACUUUCCUUCCCACGCGCACUUCCCUAGUCCAUGGCUGCGCCGGCGGCUGAAGCUGGUGCUGCUGCUGGUCCCGGUGCUUCUAUCGCUCCUCGUUCCCGUCGUCCGGAGCGCAUCGACGCCUGGUUCCGUAUCUGAGCCCUCUCUAACUCCUGAGUCCUUCUCAAACGGUCGGACGCGGCCCCGCUCUCUCGCGGGAGGAGCGCCAGCAGCGGAGAUUUGCGCGGGUGCGUGCGGGAACCACGAGUGGGAGGCGCUGAGUCCCUCCGCGACCAAGGGGAAUUGCUCGUGCGUGCGGCCGUUGGAGCUGAAAAUCGAGUUCUCUAACGCGUCCGAUAUCGAGAAGAACUUCCGGCCGUUUAUCCAGGCGCUUUCACUAAGCUCCCCUUCCCCCUCGCGCCAAUUCCCCGCGUACCCCGCUCUUCCUUCGCGCUCCCCUUUCCCCCUCCUGCCUAUCUGUUCCCCUCCUGGCCCGCUUCCCCCUUAUCCUCUGCUUCAUCCUCUCGUGUCCCCCUUCCCGUGCAUGACCCCUUCCCCCUCGUGCCCCCAUUUUUCUUCCAUUUGCGCCAGGAAAGACGGUAGGGACAUGGAGAAAGGGGGGGAGGAGGAGAAGCUUCGCCAGAUGGUGAGGGAAGCUUCGUCCGCUGCUGCUGCCAAAAACGCGUCAGAACGAAAGAGUUUUUCACAAGGGAAUGGUGCUACUGAUGAUGGCUACAACGGAUGUGAUAACAGCGAGGGUGAUAGCGCAAGAGGAAAAGAGGGAGGAGGAGGAGCAGGAGGGGCAGGAGGAGGGGGAGGAGGAGGAGGGGACAGUGGUGGUGGCAGUGGGGUUGACAGGGGGAGUGGAAUGGGUAUGCAAGAGACACCAGUGGCCGAGUCAACGAAUCAAUCCUCUCUCCCUCGGCCAAUGAGCGUCCGCGUCUUCUCCUUUGCUGAGCUGGCAGAGGCUACUAAUAACUUUGACCACGCCAACUACCUAGGGGAGGGCGGAUUUGGACGCGUCUACCGGGGGAGGCUGAAGAACGGGCAGGAGGUGGCAGUGAAGCGCCUCACCCGCCUGCGCGUGACAGGCAGCGGGCGCGCCAAGGGCGGCGGGGGAGGCGGGGGCCAGGGCGAGCGGGAGUUUGUGGUGGAGGUGGAGAUGCUGAGCCGCCUGCACCACCGGAACCUCGUGAAGCUGAUAGGCUAUUGUGCCUCCCACCACCAUCAACUGCUGUGCUACGAGCUUGUCCCUAAUGGGAGUCUCGAGGCCUGGUUGCAUGGUUCCUUCUCUAAGGAGAUCAUUCUCGACUGGGCGACGCGCAUGAGGGUAGCACUGGGGGCAGCGAGGGGGCUGGCCUACUUGCACGAGGACUCUCAGCCCCUCGUCAUUCACAGAGACCUCAAGUCCUCCAACAUCCUUCUGGAGAACGACUUUCUUGCUAAGGUGGCGGAUUUUGGGCUGGCGAAACCGGCCCCGGAGGGACCUGAAGGGUACAUCUCGACCCGCGUCAUGGGCACGUUUGGGUAUGUUGCCCCGGAAUACGCAAUGACGGGUCAUCUGGUGGUUGCUUCUGACGUGUACAGCUAUGGCGUGGUGCUUCUAGAGCUGCUCACAGGGAGGAAACCUGUGGACAUGAGUCAACCCCCAGGGGAUGAGAACUUAGUCACGUGGGCGCGACCUCGCUUGGGGAAUGCUGGAAGACUAGACGAGCUUUUGGACCCCAAAAUUGCUUCCCAGGUGUCACUUGGUGAUCUGGAGCAAGCAGCAGCCGUGGCACAGGCGUGCGUGGCUGCUGAGCCGACAGACCGACCCCCCAUGGGCGAGGUGGUUCAGUCAUUGAAGAGACUAGAGGCCCUGCACGACCAGGAGCAUUCAACCCUAACCACUGACAACUCCCCCUACGGAUCCUUGCUGCUUUCAAACCAGCCCCUUCCGUACGACACGUACAAUCCUCCCGACUCUAGCAACACCCUUUUUGAGACCUCUCAAAUCUCGAAUCAGCCCCUCCUGUAUGACACGUAUGACCCUCCCGACUGUAGCAAUGAACUUGCAGAGGAUGUACCAGCAGCUACUCUGAGUAGUGAGGAUGGUAACGAGGGAGGCAAUAAAGGGGAUGAGUACGAUAAUUAUGCAUCUGCAGAUGCUGCUGCUGCUGCUGCCCCAGCAGCAAAUAGUUAA